AUGUCCAGGAAGAAGAAAGUUGAUGCAGAUGGAAAGAUGUUUCAAGAAAGAUGGGAAGGUGAAUACAUGUUUGUGCUUCAAGGAGAGAAACCGGUAUGUCUUUUAUGUUACGAAGCAUUAUCAGUUGUCAAAGAGUACAAUCUACGUUGGUAUUUUGAAACCAAACACAGAGCUAAGUAUGCCAAAGUUAGCCUUUCAGAAAAACGACAGAUUGUUGAAGAAUUAAAAAGCAAACUACAAUUGCAGCAGAAUGUGUUCACGAAAGCCACAACCAAAAACACUGUGGCAGUGAAAGCUAGCUUCAUCAUUGCAGAAGAAAUCGCCCGAGCUUCAAAGUGUUUUUCAGAGGUGUUUUUGAAGCAGUGCAUGCUGAAGGUCUGUGAGCAGGUGUGCCCCGACCAGAUACAGACUUUUAAAAAUGUCAGUUUAUCAAGGAACACCAUUGUGGACCGAGUUACAGAACUAGCAGGAAACCUGUCAACGCAGCUGGCCCAAGAGACACGUAGCUACAUAACUUUUUCAUUAGCUCUUGAUGAAAGCACAGACAACAUGGAUACAGCGCAUCUAUCCAUUUUUAUUUGAGGCAUGAAGUCAGACCUCUCUGUCACUGAGGAGCUGUUGGAUGUAGCUGCCAUGCAUGAGACCACAACGGGACAGGACAUUUUUGAUAUGGUGGAGAAGUCCAUGAGUAAAAAUGCAUUGCCUUGGGAAAAGUUGGUGGGAUUAACUACAGACGGUACACGUGCAAUGUGUGGAGGAAAAGCGGGCUUGGUUGGACUAAUAAAAGACAAAAUGCUGAAAAGUAAUUGUCAGACGCCUCUGGUAACGUAUCAUUGCAUCAUUCAUCCAGAAACGUGUGGGAAGGUACUGGGGAUGGAUCAUGUAGUGACCACAGUCAUGAAAACUGUGAACUUUAUUCGAGCGCGGGGCCUGAAUCAUCGUCAGUUCCAGCUGUUCUUGCAGGAGAUGGGCUCAGAGCAUGGAGACGUGCCAUACCAUACAGAAGUAUGGUGGCUGAGUAGGAGUAAAGUCCUCAAACGAUUUUUUGAACUUAGGGAAGAUAUUGCUCUUUUCAUGCUAAGUAAAGGAAAAUUCGUGUCUGAACUGUCAGAUCCCAACUGGCUGUGGGACUUUGCUAUGUUAUGUGACAUAACCGAGCAUCUCGCCCAACUGAAUCAGAAGCUGCAGGGACGUAGACAAGUCAUUACGCAGAUGUCCGACAUGAUCACGGCUUUCCAGUGUAAACUUGAUCUGUGGAUGUGCCAAGUCAAACAGGACAAUCUUGCUCACUUUCCUGUUUGUCAAAGCAUUUCAGCCUCAUUUCCCGGUGUUUUUUUAUGUGCUCAGUUGGCUACCAAAGUGAGCCGAUUAACAAAUGAGUUUGAUCGGCGCUUCUCUGACUUUAAAGCGCAGCACUCAGACUUCGCCAUCUUUGCCGAUCCUUUCACCACCGACGUCUGCCCUGCACCCCAGCACCUUCAGAUGGAGUUAAUCGAGCUUCAAAGCAAUCGUAGCCUGAAAGCAAAGUUCAAGGAUGUUGCGAUCCAGGACUUUUACCAUAAAAUGCCCCCUGGUUCAAUGCCACAGCUUCGACGUCAUGCAGCCUGUGUUCUGUCUAUGUUUGGGAGCACCUAUCUGUGCGAACAGAUGUUUUCAAUAAUGAAUCUAAACAAAAACAAGCAUAGAUCAUGUAUCACUGAUGAGAACCUCCACACUGUUCUACGGAUUGCUUCAGCACAAGACUUAAAACCAGACAUUGACACACUGGCUACGGAAAAACGGUGUCAAAGAUCCAGCCAGAAAAUGCAUAAGUAA